AUGGUCUCUCCCAGCUCAUGCAUGCCGGUUCUGCCUCUCAGCGGUGCGGGCGGGGGCGGGGAGGGCACGGCAGGCUCUGCUCACUUGCAGGCAGCCACCUCCACCACACCUGAGGCGGGCUCGGGUACCCUGCCCCACAACUUCCUCAUGGAUGUACACGGGCCGGGGACGCUCGGAGCCAGCCCGUCCUCACACAUGAAGCAGGAGAUUGGCGGAGCUGUUCCUGGGAGUAGCAUUCAAGCAAAACUGUGCCAGGUGUGCAGUGACAAUGCCUCGGGCUUUCAUUAUGGCGUGUGGUCCUGUGAGGGCUGCAAGGCCUUCUUCAAACGGAGUAUACAGGGGCCAGUGGACUAUAUCUGCCCCGCCACCAAUACUUGUACCAUAGACAAACACAGAAGGAAAAGCUGCCAAGCUUGCCGGUUACGACGGUGUUAUGAAGUGGGGAUGAACAAAGGAAGUCAACGCAAAGAGAAAAGAAAUAGUGGGAACACAAGCAGUUUGAAAGGCAAGAGAUGCAGAGCGGAUUCCUCGGAUUCUGCCGUCAACUCCACAAACAAUGGUGCAUCCUCCUCUAAGGCUCCUCCCUCUGACAGACAACAGUGGGCACUGACCGGGAUGGGCGAUGUCCUGGAGCAGGUGUCGGCAGUGUCCGAGCAGAUGUUGCUGCACGGUCUCAACAAAGAGGAGCUGCUCCUCCUUCAAGCUACAGUAUUAGUUAAUGCAGAGGUCCGUCCCUUGGACAGUUUCCUGAAAAUCCAAGAGAUGCGUCAGUUAAUCCUGGAUGUGUUCAUGGAGGUGGCCGGUCGGCACCAGGGCUUCGGCAACUGGCGCCACGCGCCCUCCAUCCUGCUCCUGCUGACUCACAUCCGGCAGGCGGGCGAGCGGGGCAUCACCUACUUCCAGAAACUCAAGAUGGAGGGCUGCGUGACCUUCUGCGACCUCCUCACCGAGAUGCUGGACGCGCACAAUUCCUCGGGCGAGCGGCGGCGGCUGCAGCAGCAACAGCACCCCCAGCAACAGCAACAGCCGCCGGCCCACCACCACCCACCACC